AUGGGUAAUCAAGGCGCAGGGGACCAGAGCAGAGUCCUCUCCCAAGCUCCAGAGCAGAGUCCUGUCCCCAGCACCAGAGCAGAGUCCUGUCCCCAGCACCAGAGCAGAGUCCUCCCAAUGAGCCGGCACCAGCAGCAGCAAAAACUCUCCUCUUCUGACCACAACGGCGUGAGCGUCAUCCAGAGCCAGCCGCACUCCUCCUCUUUACAACAGGUGCCCAAACUGGUCCCUGCGAACCCGUCAGCACCUGGAGGAAAGGCUUUGGCCCCGAGCAAGAUGAAGAAGUCCCAGGCUGACAAGGACAGCGAUGAGUACCGCCAGCGGAGAGAGCGGAACAACUUGGCGGUAAAGAAGAGUCGCCAGCGGAGCAAGCAGAAGGCCAUGGACACGCAGCAGCGCGUCAACGAGCUGAAGGAGGAGAACGAGCGGCUGGAGGCCAAGAUCAAACUGCUGAGCAAAGAACUGAGCGUACUCAAAGACCUUUUCCUGGAGCACGCGCACAAUCUGGCCGACAACGUGCAGCCGCCAAACGUAGACGGCACCAGCCCCGCGGCCGGAGCUCCCAACACGCAGUGA